AUCUAACUAUCACUAUCUAACUAUCACUAUCAUCUAACUAUCACUAUCUAAAUAUGUCCCUCCAAGUCAACUUCUCCUGGCGCAAGGAUGAAGUGUCAAUUAGCCAUGAGGACCAAGUGAUCUACACCGUCUCGAACCACCUGAAAGCCCCUCAUCUACGCUUCUACAAGGAAACCAAAGGGGGAAACAAAAAUGAUGGAAUGAUAGGAACAUCGACCUUCCAUCUGCUCUCGUCCAGCCCCGAAUUCACCCACCACGGCCGACACGGCAAACUCCAGUCAACAAGCAGGUGGAAGAUGGCAUAUACACAUGAAUCAUACUAUUUGGAUUCCACCCACAACCACCCCACGACCAUGACGUGGACGAGCGAAAGUGGGUUCAAAACAUGGGACUUUAUCUGUCUCGACGAACGGAAGCAGGCUGUUGCCCGUUUCUCGGCGAACCCUUGGGGGAUCAAGAAGUUGGGCAAGAUCGAGUUCUGCAUCGAGGAUCCCUUGGCGAGAGAGGAGCUUAUUCUCGUCGGCGUGACUUUGUAUUAUUGUGUUUUAUUGUGUUGGACAUAAUUACUAGCUAUACUCCGUACUUGGAGAUCUAUCCUAC